AUGUUCCAAUCCAAGCCGAUCCUUAGCCAGGACAUCUGGCGCAGCGACCGUGACAUUGUGGCGUCUACUUCCAGACGAGAUGUAGCCCUGCACUACGAGCGGGCAAGGUCGAUAUUCCGUCAUAGUGGUCUGUCACAACAGGAUAUUGAGAAUCUAACCCCGAAAUUCUGGGAUUUCCAAUUCGAUUUGAUUGCUGCUCGCGACAUGACGGCCUUCAUCAUCGUAGCGAUACAGGUAAACCUAUGUAUAGGGACACUUUGUUCCUUCGUCAAAGGGCGACCCGACCUACAGGACUUGGUUGAUAAGCUCCUGAACUUUGAUAUCUGCGGUGGAUUUAUGCUGACCGAAGCCGAUCAUGGUUUGGACGCUCGUAACUUGGAAACGACGGCUACAGAAACGACGGCCACACUACUGCCUGAUGGCUCCUACGAUCUACAUACCCCCCACGUAGGAGCUUCAAAGGCAAUGCCUCUGACAACGCCCUACUGUGGCAUGCCUCGCAUAGCUAUAGUAUUUGCUUGCCUCUUAGUUGACGGGAAAAGCCAUGACGUGAAGCCCUUCCUCGUUUGUCUCAGCGACGCUUGCGGACUGCGGCCUGGGGUUACAUCACGUAUUCUGCCCACACGGCCGGGUACGAAACCGUUGUACCACUCUCUGACGGCAUUUAACCAUGUCGAUUUGCCCUUCAGUGCUCUGCUCGGCUCAUCCUCAAAACCGGAAAACGAUCGUCUUGAUUUUCUACGCCAGAUUUGGCGGGUGUCAGCUGGAACGCUGUCCCUCUCUAUAAUGGGCAUCUCCGCCAUCAAGGUUGGAACGCGUAUAGCUGCUGUCUACAUCGAGCGAAGGACGAUCACGGCACCCGAUGGGCCUGUACCCGGAGAGAUCAUGAGCUUCAGCACCCAGCAGCGUCCAAUUGUCGAAGGAUGGGUGCAAGGCAAGGUCUUGCAUGCAUUCGCUCGUUGGACCAUAGGGAUGCGCCCUAAUCUUAGCAAUGGGACGCAGCACGCGCUUGUCACAAUUUUCAAGGCGACAGUAAUGAAAGCCUCCCAAAUCUUGAGACCCCUCACCGAAAGGUGCGGGUGGCAGGGCCUCUGUGCAUAUAAUCAAAUAAGCGAGCUAGAUUCAACAUUACAGGGAAUCUCGAUUGCCGAAGGAGACACACUACUGUUGUGCAUUCAUUUCAUGUCAGAGCUCCUGGGAGAGAAAAACUGGGAGAGAAACUGGGGCUCCCACAAGCGCGCAACAGAUUGUCACGCUUGGCGCAACGCGAGGACAGGUUAA